AUGGCAUUUGCCAGCGAUGUCUUUGUGUGGCGACCUGUGUCUAUGCCUGGUCAACUAGCAGAUGUCCGCACGCAUGCAAUUCGACCGUCAAGAGGUGUGAGGAUGUCCAAGGGAAGUCGUGGAGUUCGGACAGCGAGGGCUUCUUAUCCGGAGCUUUCAUGUGACCUUUCAUGGGGCGAAGUCGCCGCAUCGGUGCUCGCCGGCAUUGCCUGCGCAACCGCCGUCUCGGAAGCCAAGGGUCUCAAGCGCCCACCGAACGACCGGGAGACCUUCACGCCGAGUUGGCGGGAAUUUCGGGCACGCCUGGUGCAGAAGGAGCGAUCAGAAUCAAGCGGAAAAGGUGCACAACGAAAGCCAAGUGAGAGUACCGGGUGGAUGCAUUCUACAACUCUCAUCGAGAAAGGCUCAGUGCUGAUAUCUCGUACAGGGGACCAGUUCACCUUGGAUCAGCAAUACUUCUUGAAUGCAGUCGUUCUGAUCUUAAAAAGGGACGAGGGCGGGGACGUCGGUGUGAUCUUGAACCGCCCAUCGGACUGGACCGCAGAAGACUUGGGUGUGCCUAAGCCCAAUGCCCUGAAGGAGGCAGAUCUGCAGUUGAGAAAGCUGCUUGCCACCCUCGGUGGCAAUGUGGUGGAGGAGCAGCCAUGGAAAGUCUCUUUUGGUGGACCCAUGCAUUCAGCACGGGAUGCGGAGCAAGAGCAGCCCACGCUGCUUUGCUUGUACCUCUGCGACUCCCAUCGGGAGGGCGCAGGAGAGGAGAUCAUUCCAGGCCUCCACUGGCUCCCCUUCAGCCGGGCGAGAGAGAUGGUGGCAACAGGAGCUGCGAGGCAGGAGGACUUCCUUUUGCUCUCGGGCUAUUGUGGUUGGCGCCGUGGUCAGCUUCAGCAGGAGUUGAAUGUGGGCCGCAGCUGGUUGCUUGCCGCGGCGGAUCAUCAGGCUCUGUUUCCUGGCAGAUCUCUCCAGGCAAGUUGCCUCGACCUGGGCAUGAGCCGCUGGGAGCGUUUGCACGAAAGGCUCUUUGACUUCGCAUCCAUGGAUGGACGAUGGCAAGACCGCCGCUGCGGCUCUGAAGCGGUGGAUGACCGACCUCCGGCCAGCUUUGCUAAAUCCAUCGCUCCCGGUAUCGCAUCUUCAGCCUCAGACGCUCAGAAACCUCACGGCCGGCCGUCUCCUGCGUGGCUCCUCCUCGCAUUGGAUCCUGGGCGGACCUAUUGA